AUGAACGAUCCACAUCAAGAACGACAAAAUGCCUUGCUCGAUCGAAUAGUUGCCAAUGCGAAAGCACUCAAUGGUUCAUUAGGGAAGCUCAAUGAUCGCCUAGAGGAUGUCAAUACAGAGAUGAAUGAUAUCAGCAACCAUGCCAAAUUCUGGUCAGCUUAUCGAUCAUCAACGCAAAUCUACUUGGAGGCCACCAAAUCAUUUUCACCACCGAAAUAA